AUGUGGGAGGACUCGGGGUUUCACGUUCCCAGCUGCCCUGCCAGCGGGCGCGUCGCGGUGAGCUGCCCACCCACCGAGGAGGGCUGCGAAGGGCUGCCAAGUCUCACCCGACGACGCAACUCUCAUCCAGCCUGCUCGCAGCGCGGCAGCGGGCCGCCGCUCCAGACAGCCUGCUGGAGCCGGCCUCCGCCACCCCCACCCCCACCCACGCCGGCCACCCACUCCCUCUCGGCAGGCACGCACACCCCUUGCUGCCGCACAGAGAGCGCAGCAGUCCGGGCAGCUGCCUCACGCCGCCUCCACCCAGGCCGGCCAGGGGCUCUGCCUGCUCCAGGCACCGUCGCUCAGCGGACCCACCCUUCGCUGUGGGACCUCACGUUCUGCACGCCUGGCGACUCUAUUCAGCUGGUGGCGGAGGAGGAGGCCGACCAGCCCCCGCCCCCGCUCCCCACCCCCGCCUCUGCCGCCGGCUCAGCGUCCGGAAGCGCCGACAAAAGCGACACUAGCGACGGCAGAUCGCACGGGAGGGAACGGCAACCGCAGCCCGAACCUGCGCGUACGAGGAACACGGAAGCGGAAAAGGAAGGGGAACCAGACGAGCAGGAGGGGGAAAUGAUGGGAAUUGCAAAGUCAGAAACUGAAACUGGUCGUCCAGCCACAGACUCACAGGCCCGCGAGCGGAAACUCAAAGAAAAUCUCAACACGGUGUCAACGCAGGCAGACAGAGCAAAACUGACGGAGACCGUCGACGGAGAUGACGUCAGAGGAGUGCUGAAGAGCAGCGCCGACGGCAUCCCGACGGAGUUCCCCGGUGGGAGCGCCGGUCCCGGCAGCAGAGGCCGCCAGCUGCCGCCGCAGUGCCGCUCGUUCUGGCCAGCGAGGCUGGGCAGCCAGGGCGCCGUCUCCAGAGCGAGGCGAGCCGGCUCUCUGGGCUGGCCGUACUGCGUGCGGCUGUCCGAGUUACGAGCGUGCGGCAGGCCGCAGUCGUGCCGCUGGAGAACCCGAGUGUAUUAUCGUGCAGGAAUAAGAUCUGUCACGACGCCUUGCAAACUGGAGCACUACGACCCAGACAGUCGUGCUGUCAGUGCAGCACAGUCGCUGUCCCCUACGUUCGGGCUGUGGUUUGCGCCCCACUCUGAACAGCCGCCCCCUGUUUGCAGCGCGGGCUGUGGCUCCAGCAGUCCCAGCACCGCCACUCGGCCACUCGGCGACCCCGGACGCUCUCCUGCCGCGGCUGCCGGCCACACUCCGCCGCCUCCAGACGACGCGGCCGUCUCUCGCCUGCGAAGUGUGGCUGGGAGCCGCCAUCUGACGUCGCCGCCCUUGGGAAAUGUGGUGGAUCCGGGGCUGGUGCAGAGAGCAGCCCGAGCUGUGGUGGGCAGGAGCCUCUCUCAACAGGAGCGAGGGAGGAGGCUGAUAGAGGCGGCCGUGCAGGGCGCGGCGGAGCAGCUGCGCGAGUUGCUGGCGGCGGGGGCGGACGUGGGGUCGAGGGGGGAGGGGUUGGGGAGCAGCUGGACCGCCCUGCACUGGGCAGCACGCGGGGGUCACGUGGCGGCGGCCAGCUGCCUCGUCGGCGCCGGCGCGGAGGUCGACGCCAGGGAGAGCUGGGGGCAGUGGACGCCCCUGCACUUGGCUGCAGAGUACGGCCACGCUGGUGUGGUGCGGCUGCUGGUCGGCGCCUCUGCCGACCUCAACGCCAGGGAUGUGUGCGGGCAGACGCCGCUGCACUGCGCGGCAGUGGUGGGCCACGCAGAGGCGGCGGCUGAGCUCCUCCUGGCGGGGGCGGACAGGGGGGCCCGGGAUGUGUUUGGCUGGACCCCCCUGGACAUCGCCAGGCUGAAUGGAAACCAGGAGCUGGUGGAUAAGCUGAGACAACGCUGA